ACCUAUCAACCCUGACGAGGAGCCAAUUGAGCGAGGAUUUCGCAAAAAGUUUUAGGAAUCCAUUAGGCUUCCGAAAGCCUGAACCAAGAAAGGGGGAAAAAAGGGCCUGCCAGCCGAUCAAGUCUUCCUCAUUCAAUUGUUCUGACUGUCUCGCCAUUCGACCACCCACCCAUAAUGGCAGCCAGUCUUUCUCGCACGAUGCUCCCCCUUAGACCACUGCAUGCCGCCAGAUCCGUCGCCCCAGUGAUCCGACGAGCGGCGUCGACCACCCAGCAGAACACGGAAGCCACGACGACGACCAGCACAACAGCCCACGCCAGCCCUGCUCCUCCGAGUUCGACAGAUGCUUCCUCUCCUCCUCCUCCCUUUAUCCGCAGCUUUCCCUCCACACUCAAAACAGGGACGGUAAUCUCCGCGGGUUUAAUGGAUCGCACCGUGCGCGUCGCCCACCGCCACACAACCUGGGACUCGCACAUCCGCAAACUCUACCCGAAGGUCACGAAGUACAUGGUGUCGGACCCGCGCAACUCGCUUCGCGAAGGCGACGUGAUUGAGUUUUCGUCCGGGUUCCCCAAGAGCCGACAUGUGCGGCAUGUGGUUGAGCGGAUCAUCGCGCCCUUUGGCGAAUCCCUCGAGUCGCGGCCGCCUCUCAUGACGAAAGAGGAGAGGGACGCCGUGCGGGUGGAGAAGAGGGCGGCCAAGUUGGAUCGUAGGGAGGCCAGGGCUGCCGACGGUGGGAAGAGAACUACCCAGCGGAGAGACGAAUAUAUUGGUCGCGUGAGGAGGUUGGUUCAAGAGAGGAUGAGCCGCACCCAGUGAAUUUUUUCC